GGGGCGGCCUUGCCCACCGGGGCGGCUUUCGGUCCCGGGCUCCGUGCCUUUCCGGAGACGUAGCGACCUCGGGCUGCGGGUCGCGUCGGCCGGGCAUGGCGGCGUGGAGCCCUUCCACGGCAGCGCUUUUGCUCCGCCGGAUCUGCGCGAUUCCUCUUCUUCACUGUGCCCAGCGGAUGUUUGCCUCACAGACUGAAGGGGAGCUGAAAGUAACCCAAAUUCUCAAAAAAAACUUUCCUCAAGCUACAACUAUCAAAGUCACUGACAUUUCAGGAGGCUGUGGGGCAAUGUAUGAAAUUCAAAUUGAGUCAGAAGAAUUUAAGGAGAAGAGGACUGUCCAGCAGCACCAGAUGGUAAACCAGGCCAUGAGACGGGGAUACUUUCCUUCCAAGUUCCAGUUCAAAGAAUGCUGGUAAAGGCCUUUGAUCCACCAUUUCUCAUCAGGAGCCACUCUGGACUAAUCAGCUGGCAUCCAAGAGAUGUGCAGUAACUAUAGCCUCGCUCCACUGAAGUGAAGAGAGGAGCAGUUGCCAAACGAAGUAGAGCUUCUGUUCUCCAAAGAAGAGGCUGGAACAAAGCAACAGGUGUUCUUGACUGGAGGAAAACAUGAUGUGGCCUAGCAAGCCUCCUAGGAGUCUGGGGCCGUCCAAGAAACUUGUACUCUCCCCUCUGCUUCUCCCCCACCCCCACCCCAGGGGCGUCGUCAGGCCCAUUGAAAUGUGGCAAUCCUAUCAGUUCUGCAUGUCUGCACCCAAAUCUGGCAACAAGAAAAUUUUAAAAUGGCCCCCCACCUAAGUUGUUCUUCCCCCAAAAUUAAAAGGAAAGUUGGAAGAGGAA